UGUCCUCAGGUCAGCUGUGCCUCUGUAGUAGCAGCAGAGUGAACGCUCCCUUCUUGACAUCACCUGUAGCCUUGGCACUCGGCACACACUCCAAAACUUUCCAGACUCUCCAGGCUCCAGAACCAGCACCAUGACGGGCAUCGCCAACACUCUGCAGCACCUCCGGGAGAAGAACCGGGGCAUCGGAACCAACAGCCAGACGGUGAAGUACCUGAACCAGGACUUCGAGUCUCUGCGGCAGCGCUGCCUCGACACCGGCAGUCUGUUCCAGGACGACACGUUUCCGGCACUGCCCUCCUCUCUGGGCUUUAAAGAACUGGGCCCGAACUCCCACAAGGUCCGCGGGCUGUCCUGGGAGAGACCGACGGAGUUGACCCUGACCCGAGUUCAUCGUGUCUGGAGCCCCAGGACCGACAUCUGUCAGGGCGCUCUAGGUGACUGCUGGCUGCUCGCCGCCAUCGCCUCUCUGACCCUGAACGAAGAACUUCUGGCUCGAGUCGUCCCACAUGGACAGAAUUUCAAUGACGGAGAGUACACCGGCAUCUUCCACUUCCAGUUCUGGCAGUUUGGUGAGUGGGUGGACGUGGUGAUCGACGACCGUCUGCCGGUCAGAGAUGGAGAGCUGCUGUUCGUCCACUCAGCGGAGGGGAGAGAGUUCUGGAGCGCCCUGCUGGAGAAGGCCUACGCCAAGUUGAACGGCUGUUACGAGGCUUUGUCUGGAGGAUCGACCACGGAGGGUUUUGAGGAUUUCACCGGAGGAAUCGCUGAAGUUCACGAGCUAAGCCGACCCGAUCCGAACCUGUUCCACAUCAUCCAGAAGGCUCAGAGUCGAGGAGCACUGAUGGGCUGCUCCAUCGAUAUCACAAGCUCGGCUGACUCCGAGGCGGUGACUUAUCAGAAGCUGGUGAAAGGCCACGCCUAUUCUGUGACAGGUACAGCUGAGGUGGAGUACCGUGGCAACAUGGUGAAGUUGAUUCGGAUCAGGAACCCCUGGGGUCAGGUGGAGUGGACCGGAGCCUGGAGUGACAACUCCAUGGAGUGGCGUCACAUCAGCGACGAGGACAGAGAGCGUCUGAGUCAUCGUUCCGAGGACGGAGAGUUCUGGAUGUCCUUCUCUGACUUCCUGCGUCAUUACUCUCGCUUAGAGAUCUGCAACCUGACGCCGGACGCCCUGAGCGACGACUCGAUCUCUAAGUGGGCUCUGUCCAAGUUCGAUGGCACCUGGAGGCGAGGCUCAACGGCCGGCGGCUGCAGGAACUACCCCAACUCGUUUUGGACCAACCCUCAGUUUGUGAUCCGGCUGGACGAGGAGGAUGAUGACCCGGAUGACGGCGAGGCCGGCUGCAGCCUCGUGGUCGGGCUGAUCCAGAAGAACCGCAGACGCAUGAGGAAGCUGGGAGAAGAUAUGCACACGGUGGGAUUUGCCAUCUACGAGGUUCCUGAUGAGUACCGUGGUCAGAGGAACGUCCACCUGAACAGGAACUUCUUCCUGCGUCACGCCUCGGCUGCUCGCUCUGAAACAUUCAUCAACCUGCGAGAAGUCUGCAGCCGCUUCAGCCUGCCUCCCGGAGAGUACCUGAUCGUCCCGUCCACCUUCGAACCGCACAAGAACGGAGACUUCUGUGUCCGAGUGUUCACCGAGAAACAGGCCGACUUCCAAGAGCUGGACGACCCUGUGGAGUCCAGAGUGGAGAAGAUCGAGAUCGAUGAAGACGACGUGGACGAUCGCUUUAGAAGUCUGUUUGGACAGCUGGCAGGAGAGGAUUGUGAAAUUUCGGCCUUCGAGUUGCAGAAGAUCCUCAACAAGGUGGUGACCAAACGCUCUGACAUCCAGACGAGCGGCUUCAGCCUCACCACGUGUCGUAACAUGGUCAACCUGCUGGACAAAGACGGCAGCGGGAAACUCGGACUGCUGGAGUUCAAAGUGCUCUGGACCAAAAUCGAGAACUUCCUGAACGUUUACCGUAAGAAGGACGUGGAUAAUUCAGGGACGAUGAGCUCCACAGAGAUGAGGACGGCUGUGGAGGAAGCAGGUUUCAGUCUCAACAACCCGCUCCAUCAGGUUCUGGUGGCCCGUUACAGUGAAGCAGAUCUCACCAUCGACUUCGACAACUUUGUGGGCUGUUUGGUUCGUCUGGAGACCAUGUUCAACACAUUCUACACUUUGGACACAAACAAUUCAGGAACCAUCGAGCUCAACAUCAUGGAGUGGCUGAACGUUUCUCUGCUCUAAAGGACCAACACAUCCCUGAUCCAGAUCCAGAUCCAGGUCCUAGAACUGGACAGUUAAACUCAGGACAGACAAAUCUUCUACAUUUGGUUAAUUGAGUUUGGUUUAUAUUGUAAUCAUGGGGGAGAUGUCAAAACCAGGUCAUGAUAAGAACUGGGUCAGAUCAUGGCCGUGUUCUGUGUUUAUUUGUGAUGAACCUCUCAGACCAUCCAUACAUAUACACAUUAUUACUGGUCCAUGUAGGGGAGGUUACUGUGUUCUGAUUGGUCCGUUGGUUACUGUUGUCACACCUGUCUUAAUAAAAAGAAGUUGGGA